UCUCUGCCUCUCCUAGAGCUGGACUGAGCCGCAAAAGGGGGAAAACCGAAACAAAAUAUUUCUCUCCUUCCUCUUCCCCCCCCCCUCCCCAACGAGAGGAGCUAAAUUGUAAGCCCUUUGCCUCGCCGCCCAGCAGCCCCUCAGGGUCGGGGGGGGGGCUUGCCCCGCAGACCCCCCGACGCUAUUCUCCCGCUGCUGCGGAAAUCGGAGCCGAACCUCCCGCAGCGCUCGGUCCAGUUCACACUGGAUUGGGGGGGAGGGAGAUUACAGGAGUGGCGCCCAUGCACUUGAAGAAGAACAUAGUCACCAACCACGUUGUCGAACUGCCCAUCCCGGGGGAAACAGGCAGAGACUCUGUGUCAGCCAGUGACUAGUUUUGGGGACUCGAUACAAUUUGUCCAAUGCGAACCGGGAUUGGAAGCUAAGUACGGGUAGGGAAGGCGGACUCCACUGGCAAGCAGCGAACGGGACAACCGCACCCAGCGCCCCCCACCUUCCCCGGGGGCGAGGCGCUCCGAGGACCCGGCUUCCUGCAGACACCGACUAAUAAUCGAUGCCAGGCGAUUUGCAACCCGGCUCCUCCAUGAGUCCCUGCUGCUGAGGCGCUUGCACCCCGCGGCUCGUGCCCCCGCCCCCGGCAGCCAGGCCGCUUGCAAAUGGCUUCGUUUCCCGAGGCGGACUUCCAGCUAUGCCCGCUGUGCAAGGAGAUGUGCGGCUCGCCGGCUCCCAUCUCCUCCAACUCCUCCACCUCCUCCUCCUCCUCGCAGACCUCCAACUCCUCCUCGGCGGGCGGCUCGUCCUGCGCCCCGUCCCGCCGCCUGCACGUCCUGCCCUGCCUGCACGCCUUCUGCCGCCAGUGCCUGGAGGCGCAGCGCCAGCACCCGGGCGCGGGGGACGCGCUCAAGCUGCGCUGCCCCAUCUGCGACCAGAAGGUGGUGAUCUCGGAGCCCUCGGGCAUGGACGCGCUGCCCUCCUCCAACUUCCUCCUCAGCAACCUGCUGGACGUGGUGGUGGUGGCGGCCGCCGCCGCCGAGGAGCAGAAGAACAACGGCCGCGGGGGAGGCGGCGGCGGCGGCAACAACCGGCACCACCACCCCCGGCAGCAGCAGCAGCAGCACCGCCCGGCCGGCAGCGGCUCCGCCGCCGCCGCCGCCGCCUCUGCGGCCGCCCCGUCCCCGUCCGCCUCCGGCGGGGGCGGCUCGUCCUCGCUGCUGCUCCGGCGGCCGCACAGCCGGCAGGGCGAGCCCCGCUGCAGCUCCUGCGACGAGGGCAACGCGGCCAGCUCCCGCUGCCUGGACUGCCAGGAGCACCUGUGCGACAACUGCGUGCGGGCGCACCAGCGCGUCCGCCUCACCAAGGACCACUUCAUCGAGCGCUUCGGCGGGGCGCCCGGCGCCGCCGCCGCCGCCGCCCCCGGGCCGGCCGCCCCGCUCGCCCUGGGCCAGCCGUACCCCGCCACGCCCUACAGCAUCCUCGCCUCCGUCUUCCCGGACCGGGCCAGCUACUGCCAGCACCACGACGACGAGGUACUGCAUUUCUACUGUGACACUUGUUCUGUCCCUAUCUGCCGGGAAUGCACCAUGGGACGACAUGUGGGUCAUAGCUUUAUCUACCUCCAAGAUGCCCUCCAGGAUUCCAGAACCCUCACCAUUCAGCUGCUAGCAGAUGCUCAACAAGGACGCCAGGCUAUUCAGCUGAGUAUUGAACAGGCGCAAGCUGUGGCGGAGCAGGUUGAGAUGAAAGCAAAGGUGGUGCAGUCUGAAGUCAAAGCUAUGACAUCUCGACAUAAGAAGGCCCUGGAAGAACGGGAGUGUGAGCUGCUGUGGAAGGUGGAAAAGAUUCGUCAAGUCAAAGCCAAGUCCCUUUACCUGCAAGUUGAAAAGUUGCGUCAGAAUCUAAAUAAACUGGACAACACUAUUAGUGCAGUUCAGCAGGUCCUAGAGGAGGGUCGUAGCAUGGAUAUUCUCCUGGCUCGGGAUCGCAUGUUGGCUCAAGUGCAGGAGCUGAAGAAUGUGAGAGGCCUUCUACAGCCACAGGAGGAUGACAGAGUCAUGUUCACUCCUCCUGACCAGGCUCUGUAUAUGGCCAUUAAAUCAAUGGGGUUUGUCAGCAGUGGGGCUUUUGCUCCUCUGACCAAAGCCACUGGGGAAGGUCUCAAACGUGCACUACAGGGCAAAGCGGCCUCCUUCACAGUGAUAGGCUACGACCAUGAUGGUGAACCACGCCUUUCAGGGGGCGAUAUGAUCUCUGCAGUGGUGAUGGGCCCUGAUGGAAACUUGUUCGGUGCAGAUGUCAAUGAUCAGCAGAAUGGAACCUACCUGGUCAGUUACAGACCACAGCUUGAGGGAGAGCAUCUAGUCUCUGUCAUGAUGUGCAACCAGCACAUAGAGAACAGUCCGUUCAAAGUCAUGGUAAAAUCUGGGCGCAGUUACAUUGGCAUUGGACUACCAGGGCUUUCAUUUGGCAGCGAGGGAGACAACGAUGGCAAGCUGUGUCGCCCCUGGGGAGUUUGUGUAGACAAAGAAGGGUACAUCAUGGUUGCUGAUCGCAGUAAUAACCGCAUUCAGGUGUUUAAGCCCUGUGGCACGUUUCACCACAAAUUUGGCACCUUGGGUUCCAGGCCUGGUCAGUUCGAUCGCCCUGCUGGUGUUGCCUGUGAUAGCUCGCGUAGGAUUGUUGUGGCUGACAAGGAUAAUCAUCGCAUCCAGAUCUUUACAUUUGAUGGGCAGUUCAUUCUGAAAUUCGGGGAAAAGGGAACCAAGAAUGGGCAAUUCAAUUACCCGUGGGACGUGGCAGUCAACACCGAGGGCAAAAUCCUGGUCUCUGACACGAGGAACCAUAGGAUUCAACUGUUUGGACCUGAUGGUGUGUUUCUGAAUAAAUAUGGCUUCGAAGGGGCACUCUGGAAGCACUUUGAUUCUCCAAGGGGUGUGACUUUCAAUCAUGAAGGCCAUCUGGUAGUGACCGAUUUCAACAACCAUCGCCUCCUGGUCAUCCAUCCAGAUUGCCAGUCGGCACGCUUCCUUGGGUCAGAAGGCACCAGCAACGGCCAGUUCCUGCGCCCACAAGGCGUGGCUGUGGAUCAAGAGGGGCGCAUCAUUGUGGCUGAUUCCAGGAACCACCGAGUGCAGAUAUUUGAGUCAAAUGGUAGUUUUUUAUGCAAAUUUGGCACUCAGGGAAGUGGCUUUGGUCAGAUGGACCGACCUUCAGGUAUAGCUGUCACCCCUGAUGGCAUGAUUGUUGUGGUUGACUUCGGAAACAAUCGAAUUCUUAUCUUCUAAUCUGUGCUAUCUGAAUUAGGAAGAAACUGUCUCAGGGAAAUUCUUUUUAAGAGAACGAAAAAAUACAACGUUAAUUCAAACCUACCUCAUCUUUAAUUUUUUACAGAUGAAUGUACUUAUCCUUUCUGCAGGGAGUGAUCCUGUGAAGUUAUAAAUUCUAUCUACCUCAUUAUCUUUUGUUCUCCUCUCUUCUCCCCCACCCCCACCCCCCCGCAGUAAGUUUUACCUCUUCCCCACAUGGGGCAUCAUGCACCAACAUGUGUUGCUGAACACAUGAGGUGGGUGCAUGAUGAAUUCUGUAGACUAAGCCAAAAAGGCGCACUCUAAUUUUUUUUAAUGGGGGGGGGGGAAAUCAGUAGCAUUAGA